AACGCACAUCCCAUCACGAUGGCACGAAAGCUCGUGUGCCCUCUGAGCCUCACACUGCUCCCACUCGUCGUGGUCGCGGCAUGGAUGUGCGCGCUGCCGCUAAGCUCGGCUGCCCCCGACACGUCGCCGCCGACGACGACCACGGCUGCAGCAGCCGGAGACAGCCUGCCCGUGCCAGCUGCAGCAGGUGUGGUGCCGGCGGGUUCAACAACGGCAGCUGCUGAAGCGACAACACCGGUCACAGCGACGGUGUCCAAGAAGUUCCCGUUGGCUCCGCCGGACGUCGUGGAGCCGGCGGCCGGGGUGAUCACGGCGCUGCCUGUGCCGGUGCCGGAGACGCUUCCCAGCGCAGAAGGCCUCGGGUUCGGCCCCAACGGGUUUGGGACCAACGGAGGCUUCGGCGGCGGCGGAUGCUGCGGCGGGUUCGGGUACAAUGGCGGGCUUGGGUACAAUAACGGCUUCUUCAACUCGGCGCCGGCGAGAAGAUUGAGGCUGAGUGAUGUCUUGGCGCCUCUGCUCGUGGCUGGUGUAGCAGCGAUGUUUUAAGCGUGACUUGCUCUGCAUUUUUAUUUUUGGAAGAAAAGUAGGCAUAUACGUCUGCAUCAAGUAAUAUGUAUCACAGGUUAAGGUAUAAAGUAAAUACAUAUAUGAAUAUAAACAAUACGAUUUCCGAACUGUCUGCCAUGCAGCAA